AUGGCCAAAAGAAAGAGAGUAGAAAUUGCUACCAACGGCCAAAGUGGUCAGGACCAGCCUCGCAAGGCCGUCAAGGCAGCAACAUUGAGCUCCGAACUGCCCGAGAAUGAUCCAGGUGCCGUGACAAUCCAGGUCGUUACGGGAUCCUACCAGAGCGUGCUACAUGGUUUUACUGUGACUCUACCUGCUAGCCCCCCAAGCGAUCAGCAAUCAGUAAAAGAAGAUGCGCCGUCCACGCUUCGCUUUGCCGACACUUUUCUAUUCCAAGCACAUACCUCUGCAAUCCGCACACUUGCGCUAUCGCCGCCAACCAAUACAGAUUCCUCCCAACCGCAAACAGCAUUCUUGGCUACUGGUGGCUCGGAUGAACGUAUAAACCUAUACUCUAUCUCCAUGGCACCGCCAAUGGUCAGCGAACGAUAUCCCUCGGUUUCUACUUUGGCGGGAAAUAAAAUCCUUGAAAAUCCAAAGAAUCGAGAGGUUGGAACUCUUCUCCACCAUUCGUCCAGUAUCACGACGCUUUACUUUCCGUCAAAGUCCAAAUUGCUAUCUGCAGCUGAAGACAACACUAUAUCUGUGACCAGAAUCCGCGAUUGGAAUGUGGUUUCUACGGUCAAAGCACCGCAACCCAAAGCACAAGGCAGACCCACAGGAGAUACAGCUCCUCCCGGAAGCGUGCCAUGUGGUAUCAAUGAUUUCGCCGUCCAUCCGAGUAUGAAACUGAUGAUAAGUGUUGGUCGCGGAGAAAGAUGCAUGAGACUCUGGAAUUUGAUGACUGGCAAAAAGGCGGGUGUAUUGAAUUUUGAUAAGGACUUGCUACAGAGCGUCAAGGAGAGUAAGCGAUCUACGGGAGAAGGACGCGGAAUUGUUUGGGACAAUUCCGGAGAAGAAUUCGCUAUUGCUUUCGAGUGGGGGGUGGUGAUUUUCGGAAUAGACUCAACGCCCAGAUGCAAAGCCAUUCCAUCUCCGACGACCAAAGUGCAGAAAGUGAAAUAUGCUGAUUUUAGCAUAGACAAGGACGGCUCAAAGGAGCUACUUACGGUGUCUACGGAUGACGGCAGGGUUCUAUUCUACUCGACCAAAGGAACAUCGACAUCGUCUGAUUCUUCGACAAUACCUGACGCCCAACUUGUUGGCCAAGUGGGUGGCAAGGCUAGCGGUCUUCCGGGGCGCAUUAAAGGAUUCGAAAUUCUCGACAUGUCGAAUUUUGACAAAUGGAAAGGGUCAUAUUUGCUGGUGACGUCUGGGAGUGACGGAGUCAUCCGUAUCUGGUCUUUGAGAAUCAAAGAAAAUACUAGCGAGGGACUAUCCUCAGCACUGCUCGACUCAUAUGAGACUGGCAACAGGAUCACCUGCAUGAUUGCAUUUGUCAUGCAGAAGCCCCAGGAUUUGGAGGCUAUCAACGAGUCCGACUUGGGUUCGGACGAAGAGGAGGAUGAGGCACCGGAGGAGUCCAGCGACAGCGAUCAAGAUUAG